AUCAACGCAGAGUCCGGGGAUCUACUAUGAAAAAAUAGGUAGACUCCGACCAAUAGAAUCGCAAUGGAAACUAAUAAUUAAGAUAAACACCGCGUCUUUAUCAAAAAGACUGACGCAAAUUGAAAAAUAUGUACAAAAAACUGACAACUUAUGUAGAAUCGUCGCGGUAAUGACUAAGGCUAUAUGCGACAGUUUUAACGCUGUCAUCACAAAAGAAUACCAGAGGACAAAUCGACUGAUCCUGCGAAUAACUGACGCAUAUAAGACGCCGACAGUACAAAAACGAGGACUGAUCGACGGGGUAGGCUCAAUAGCCAAAUCGCUAUUCGGUACAAUGGACGCCGACGACAAAAAGACAAUUGACGAACAACUCGCAAUACUACAUGACGCACAACAGUCAUCACAGCACGCAGUAAAAAACCAAUUAAAAAUAAUACAGGCAACUAUAGCACACAUCGACGAGACAGAAAAAACAGUACAACAUAACGAGUACCUCCUCGCGAACGCAACCAAAAAUCUCAAGCUAGAACUACUAGAGAGCGAACGCGCAAACAACAUACAGUCAAAUUUUAUAAUUAUCAGCACCAUACUGUCAGAGUUAACUCGCGAUGCGGAGGACGUCUUAGAUUACGUCACCCUAUUAAAAAGGGGUAUAAUGCACCCCAGACUAACGCCUAUAGACCAUAUUAUACAACUGCUUAAAGAUGCGAACUCUCAACUCCCGGAAGGACUCUACUUUCCAUUUAGAGCAAACCAGGAAGAAUGGUCAACUAUUGAACAAUUCGCACUUGUAAGCGCAUACUGCGACAGCGUAAAUAUAUACACGAUUUUGCGUUUUCCAUUAAUAUCGACGUCAAAAUACGAAAUAUUAAAUGUGAUAGCCCUACCUGUGCCAGAACAUAAUAACACAUUCUCUGUAAUAGACAUCAGGUAUCCGACCAUAGCGAUAGACGGGGAUCAGCACACGUAUAUAACCUUACCGCGCAACGAUUUACAAAAUUGUAUGAAGAUAAAUAAAGAUUACCUAUGCGAGCGAAAUUAUCCUGCGAACAGGAUUAAUCCACACUCCGUGUGUGAAGUCAAAACGUUUUUAGAAACCGAUAGAUAUCACGAAAAUUGUAACAUUAAAAACAUAGCGUCUAAUCAUAGUUUUUGGAUAGCCUUAGGCGACUCGCAUUCAUGGCUAUAUUCCGUACAGGAAAAACAAACUGUAACAUUUUACUGUAAAGACCACGGACAGAUAAAGGAAGUGAUUGAAAAAACGGGCAAAAUAACAUUGAAGAACAACUGCAAAUUAAUGACGGAAGACACGAUAAUAAAGUCUCCUAAGUUAUCACACAGUACAGAAAUAGAAACAUUUUUACCACAGUACAAUAUUUCUAUACUAAAGAACGAAACAAAGCUAAGCAUAAAUGCAGUGCAACCGAUAAAAUUACAAAACAUUGUCCUACAUUCCUCAAAGUUAGAGGACUUAAACAAACAAAUUAUCGAAAUGGACAAGAAAUUGAAUAAACAACCGAAUACAAUUUUUCAGUCACCACACUUUAUCUACCCAACGGCUACCAGCGGAACAGUGAUUGUAAUAAUACUAGCAAUAAUAAUAACUGUUGUUGUCAUAAAAAAGAAAAAGAGAAACAGCCAUGAGAAGCGAGUCACACUAGACAUAGAUGCGGAAUAUACAAUUCCCAGAUCUAUUUUAAAGCGUAGCAAUAGCACGCGUUUUUAAUUAAGUAUACAAAAACCUCGUACCUCCGUUUUUGUUUUUUUUACGGGGGAGGGA